AUGCAAGAAAAUGGGCCGUCAAAUAUCGAGUAUGCAGCACGUAUGAACUAUGAGCAACUACCCAGAGUUAACCAUGUCAAUCACCAAAUUGAAGGAAAGCUAGCAUACCUACAUCUCGCUAUUGCAAACAAAUCCAUCACACCAAUGUGGGACUGCGACGAACAGAUAUGGGAAGCACUCCGAACCAAACCACCACUCGCCCACCGACCUCCAGACUACUCUCGAGCAAGAAACGUCCUACCACAAUUCCACAGAAACGAAGAAGAACUCUGUACAUACACAACCAAAGCCAUCCACCUCCUCCUAACUCGUUACAACACUCUCCCCCCAGAAACCGUUCGUCUCCUCAUACCCCAAAACGCCUCACCAAGUCUCCGCGGCGGAAUGAUCCAUCAAAUGAACAUCCUAGCGCAGGAAUCAUACCGUACAGCAUUCGACUUCCUAAUGCAGAAAUGCAACCGCGUAAUCGCCUUUACCGGCGGCAAAGAAUUCUGGAUCCAAAUCCCCGAGCGCCAGAGACGAGAGAUCUGGGGCGAGGUAUGGGAUCAGUAUCCUUGGUACGCAUUGCUUCGGUUCCGGGCGAGGCAGAGUCAGGUUGUGGAUUUCGCGGCGUUGUAUGGGGGAAUGGAUGAGGGGAGGAAGGUGUGGCAGAGGUAUUUUAGGAGGGUGUGGGUUGAGAUGGCGGAGAGUGUGUAUUUGAAUAUGAUUAUUGAGUAUAAGGGGUGGCUGGAGUUGUCGAGGGGUAGUAGGGGGAUGAGUGAGUUGGGAGUGAUUGGGGUGUGGGGGAUGGUUUCGAGGGGGCGGUGGUUGAUGCAGCUGGGUGUUUUGGAUGAGGGUGAUUUGCCUGUGUGGGUUGGUGGAAUGAGGGAUGGUACAUCUGGAGAAGUUAAGGAGGCUUUGGGUACUAGCGUUGAUAGCGAAGAGAGAGAUGUGGAUAUGUAUGAAGAAUCAGCACAUAAAUUAGUUGGUGGAUGA